AUGAUAAGAUCUUAUUUAUUCCUGUACAAACAGCAAAGGGACGAAUGGAAUGCCACAACUGUAUACAGAGUGACAGCCAUAAUGGUGGGCACUAUCAGGAUGCGGGUGUUGCUUGGAGCACUCUGCAUCUCUGUGAUGCUGCUCACCCUCUUCUGGAGUCAAUGCGGGGAGCUCUCACAACGUCCAAUAGGAUCUGUACUGACGAACAGCCUGUCGGAGCGCACUAUGUCCAGCGACGAGAUCGAGUGCUCGAUCAACGGCGAGUACUCGGUGGCGUGCCGGCGUGACCGCGACGAAGUUUACAUCCCCUUCUCCUUCAUCCACAAGUACUUUGAGAUCUAUGGCAAAAUAACAACAUCGAGUGGUGUGGAGAAGUUUGAGUGGUCACACAGCUACAGCAAAAUCUACCACCCUAAAAAAAAGUAUGAUCCUCGAGGCACUUUCACCACUUUCGAGAACUACAACGUGGAAGUGAGAGACAGGGUGAAAUGCAUCAGCGGCAUAGAGGGAGUGCCCGUAUCCAUACAAUGGGAGCCGAGAGGGUUCUUCUAUCCCACACAAAUAGCCCAGUUUGGUUUAGCACAUUACAGCAAGAAUAUUACCGAGCCUGAACCGAGGAGACGGAUCAUCGAUGAUGGGGAGAAGCACCUUCAGAACUGGAUCGUCAGUAAAGACGCGUACAUGGCCCGGGAGUAUGAUAGCAAAAUGCGUACAAACGUGAUUAGGUUCUCUACGGCGGAACACGCUGCUAGUCAGGUAUGGCUAAAGCUGGACAUCAGCCAAGACUUCGUGCUGGGGCUGGAUCUGCAGCUGACUUCAAACUCAUCGCUGACGGUGGUGCUGCAGCACAAGGACAGGCGCGAGACCGUGUACUUGCAUUACGUCACCAAUCAACAACUGAUCUAUGCACAAGAGGACCACAUAUACUACGGCAUUGGUACGUCGCAGAAGUGGCGGCGGUUGACCCGCGACCUAAUCAUCGACAUGCAGAAGGGCUGGGCGUUACUGGAUCGGCCAAAGAGGAAGUCGCCGAGGACCAAGUUUAAGAUAUCGUCGUUGAUCCUGAGCGGCGCGGGCAGCGCGGACAACUUCACAGUAUCGGGCAGCGAGCACACGGCGCAGUUCCUCGCCGCCGCCACCUGGCUGACGGCACACCAGCGGCAGACGGACGGGGGCUGGGCGGUUCCCGUGCGGCGACGCAUCCCCGGCGUCACCGACCUGCGGCCCGGCUGGCACUCUGCCAUGAGUCAAGGGCACGCUAUAUCAGUAUUGUCUCGCGCGUACCAUCGCACUGGAGACGUUUUAUACCUGAGCGCAGCCAAGAAGGCAUUGUUUCUGCUCGACGUGCCCAGCGCUGAGGGCGGCGUCAAGGCCAUGUGGAUGGACAAAUACGUGUGGUACGAAGAGUACCCGACGAAGCCGCCUCUAUUCGUGCUCAACGGUUUCAUAUACACGCUGCUCGGUUUAUACGACCUGCACGUUAUAGAGGGCGAGAAUUCCAUCUCCCUCGCCAAGAAGAUGUUCGACGACGGCAUGACGUCACUCAAGACUCUGUUGCCUCUCUUCGAUACCGGCAGCGGAAGCUUCUACGACCUACGGCAUUUCACGCUAGGCGUUAGCCCCAAUAUUGCCAGGUGGGAUUACCAUGCUACCCACGUGAACCAGCUAUAUCUACUAGCCGGGAUGGACGACGACCCGAUACUCAUAAAUACAGCCAAAAGAUGGGAGGGAUACAUGCAAGGGAAACGCGCUGCCCACAACUGA